AUGUCAAACCGGGAGGCUGACGUCGGCCGGACCGACGUUAUCUUAAUGGCCAAAAUUUGUCAAAAUGUAACGUUUUCUGGAUAAUAAUAGCCGUAAAAACAUCUAUGGUUUCUAAAUUUCAGUGAAACAUAUUCUUUACACGGUCCCCGUCUGCCCUAUGGAAUGGUGGCACAUCGGGCCCCUGGUCCUCGCGCUGCUGGUCUUCUUAUUGGCGGGUACCGUCAUCGAACAACAUGUGGAGUCUGCCGUGCUGCGCUUCGUUAACCACCGCCAGCCCCAGUGCCAGAGCCUGGCCACAGUGGGGGUGGAAGCCUGCGACGGCCAGGAGCUGCGUCAGCAACAAGAUGCUUGGCUGCAGCAGCAGCUGCUGAAGCAUAAGAAAGAGUUGGAGGAACAGGAACUGUUGCUGCGAAAACAACAACAGGAAGAGUUGAAAAGAGAAGAGCAGAUGCAGCAGCACACUGAAACUGUGCAGGAAGUAAAGCCGAGUGAAAAGAAGAGUUUAUCUAACACGAGCGUUAACCGUCAGUUAUCCGCAUCUCAAGCCGCACGGAAGCUCGUAGUAGACCCGUCACAGGUCCUGCAAGAGCCGCUGUUGGUGCAAUCUUUACACCAACAAGCAGCGCAGCCUAUAAAGCAGCAAUCACUGCAGCAGCUGCAAUCGCAGCAACUGAAAGAACAAGAACCAGUGCAGCAAUCGCUGCAACAGCAGCAAUCGGUGCAGCAACAGCAACAGAUACAAGUACAGGGGCUGCUGGUGAAACAGCAGUCGCAGCAGCACAGUGAUAUACAGCCAGCAUUGCCCUUCGUCGCCGUAUCCGAAAAAAGCAUCCUGCAACCUACAAGCAAGACGACUGUCGGCAGCAAAAUUAUGGAUAUCAUGCAGUUCAAUCCAAAGACCUAAUCUUCCGUAUUGCCUUCC